GUACACAAACUUUCAGACACAUGAGCCUGCCAUAUCAUCAUACCACCAGAAUCCUCACAACCCCCAGCAAUGAUAUUACACUACUUAGUGGAAUACCUUGAUUUUAAGAGCUGGCUUUUAGGAUUUUUUCUUUUCCUACUACUUCUUGAUAUCAUCAGGAACAAAAAUCCAUCCAAUUUUCCACCAGGACCAUGGCCCCUACCUUUUGUGGGAAACAUUUUCACUGGGCUUGACUUUAAAACAAUAGACAAGCUUGCUGAGAAGUAUGGAGAUGUUUUCAGCCUGCGUUGGGGCAGUGAGAAAACUGUGUUUGUCUCUGGACAUAAAAUGGUGAAGGAGGCUCUCAUUACUCAGCUGGACAGCUUUGCAGACCGACCUGUUGUCCCUCUCGUUCACAAACUCUUUAAUGGACUUGGUGUUGCUCUCAGUAAUGGGUACCUGUGGAAAAACCAGAGGAAGUUUAUCAUCACACACAUACGCCACUUUGGUGAAGGGAAGAAGACCCUAGAGCUGAGUAUCCAGCAGGAGAACAUCUUUCUGUGUGAUGCUUUCAAAGCAGAACAGGGUCUUUUUGAUCCCCAGUUUUUCCUCAACAACGCAGUCUCAAACAUCAUCUCCGCACUAGUUUUCGGUCAUCGCUUUGAAUACCAUGAUGAGAAUUUCCAGAAUAUCUUGCGUUUGGAUGCUGAAGCUAUCUUUCUGGCAGGUUCUACCCGAUCUCAGCUGUAUAAUGCCUUCCCUCGCCUCUUUGAAUACCUUCCUGGUCCGCAUCAGAAGAUUUUUGCUAACUACGCAAAAAUAAUAGAGUUCCUAAAAGAAGAAAUAAGAAAACACAAGGAGGACUGGGAUCCCUCGAAUCCUCUGGAUUACAUCAACAGUUUCCUUCUAGAAAUGGAAAAGAAAAAGAGUGAUCCUGAAGCUGUGUUUAAUGUUGAGAUGUUAUUGGCUGCAAUGGUGGACAUGUUUGAAGCAGGGACAGAAACCACAGCCACUACAAUACGCUGGGGUCUUCUCUUCAUGAUGAAGUACCCUGAGAUACAGAAAAAGGUACAGGCAGAGAUAGACAAAGUGAUUGGACAGUCACGCCAGGUCAGCAUGGCUGACAAACCCAACAUGCCCUACACUGAGGCUGUUAUUCAUGAGAUUCAAAGGAUGGGCAACAUUGUUCCUCUUGGUUUACCCAAGAUGGCUUCUAAAGAUACUGUACUGGGUGGAUUCUUCAUACCAAAGGGCACAACUGUGACUACAAACCUAUCGUCUGUGCUUAAUGACAAGAACGAGUGGGAAACACCAGGCACGUUUAACCCAGGACACUUUCUGGAUGAUCAAGGCCAGUUCCUGAAGAAGGAUGCUUUCCUUCCCUUUUCAGCAGGUAAGAGAUCAUGUCUGGGGGAGCAGCUGGCUCGUAUGGAGCUCUUCCUGUUCUUCACCUCUCUGUUGCAGUGCUUUACCUUCUCCCCUGGUCCUGGAGACGAUCUCAGCUUGGAAGGCCAGAUGGGCUUAACAUAUGCACCCAGACCCUACAGCAUGUGUGUCACCCCACGCUAAGAGCCAAUACACAAAUAUAUAUGCUUUUAAGCUAUUUGUUGUAAGAAACCUUAUUAAAUAAAUAAAUAAAUAAAUAAAUAAUAGUAAGAAGAAGAAGAAAUAAAUAUUCAUGAAUUUUAUUAUAUAUAGUACCCAUUAAUACAUAUAUAUAUAUAUAUAUAUAUAUAUAUAUAUAUAUAUAUAUAUAUAUAUAUAUAUAUAUAAAACCAUUAUAUGACAGCAUUAUAUUGAAUAUAGUUUUCUUUACCAUGACUGCCUAAGAGACUCAUUAAAAAUAAACGCAUUGAAAGUAUCUGCUAUUUGAUGUCAUAUAUGUCUAAUGGUCAGGUCUGGUGAUAUCACAUUCGGAGGUAGGUUAAAAAAAUGUUCCACCAUUAACCAUUGCUGUGUCGUAAAUAGUUUCUGAGAUUACAAUUAGUCUGUCCCAAAUCAUAGUAUGUUGAAAUGAGUACCCCAUCGGAUGGUCUACUUGUCAUGUCGCGACAAACUGUUCCAGAAAGCACCACAAACUACAAACAUGGCUGAUGACUACAAUGCCCAAUGGAACACACAGACACGUCACCUUCUCCUGCAGACUAAGCACACACACCUGUUCCCAAUCACACUGACAAUCUCACCACACUACUUAAGAGACUCUCACACACAAUAUCUUUGCGAAGUAUAUGCGCAGUUGCAUUUUGUCUCUGCCGUUACCAAACCUUGAUACUGCGUUUGUUUAUUCUGGUUUUUGACUUUGUUCUCGUUUACGACCUUGUCUCUCUGCCUUGCCUUGUUUGGACUGUUUGCCUGAUCGCCUGACCUCUGCCUGUCUAUGUUUAUUGAUUUCUGUCUAUGUGUAUUGAUUUCUGCGUUGUUUUAUUAAACUGCCAUAGUUACACUUG